AUGAGUGCGUCCGCCUCUGCUCCAACCGGUUCGAAAAAAGCCAAUUCGUGCAAGUUCAAGAUCCCAGUGAACCAGCCGCCGCCAAUCGACAUGGUGAAGGCCUCCAUCAACGCCGCGAAGGACCGCGAGGGCACAUCACUUCCGACCAUCAAGGAGUUCAUCGCCGCCAACUACAACUUUGAAACUUGGCCCGCACAUCCGUCGGGGCAUCGUUCACGCCGUCGAGAAAGUUGUCCUCGUUCGCGUCGGGAUUUCAAUCAAAUCAUUAGUGCUACCCUGGUUUCCUGUUGUGAACGUACUCGUAAUGUAUCUCAGGAAUGCAAGAUACCGAUUGCUUGGUUGGUUCCUUCCAACCCUGCCCCGAUGAUGUUACCUCGAUUGAUGAUGGAACGUUUGCCAUCCAACUGCCAAGCCCGGCGAACAGACCAAAAACCAAGCAGCGCACCAGAGCUACCUACAUUCCACAACACCGCCAAUAUCGAUUGUAGCCCAAGGAAGCCCAUGCCCUUGGAUGGAACUUUGGACGGUGAAAAUAGUGGGAACUCAGAGGUGACAUCCGGUUCCACCAAGGAAUUCCAGUGUGAUCUGGUUCCACUGGACGCUGCCAAGUCCUUGAACGGAACCUGGAAGGCUACUGUGGAUCCAACAGAGGCGGCUUCCGUUACGACAUUGGAAGCCGAUAACUCGGUGAAAAUAGGACCUCCAGAUGUACAAGGCUACCGGGACCAACCGAGCUCGUUUAACGUAUCGUGUACGUUUUCCACACCAGAAGGAGUAGCGCUGUACAACUUUGAGCGGACAGUGACAGUUAAACGUAAGCGAUACUUGAAUCUACUGACGCAGCAUGAAUCCCAAUCGUCGGAUUGUCUGGAAAAAGGAGAGUUGAUGUUCCAUGUCACUUGUCGUGGAGUGAACACUCAUUUGCAAAAACAAAAUUUGGUUUUGCGGCUGGAAUCGGUUGGUAUUGCUCUUCGAAUUGGUAUUGUUCCCCACCAGUCAGGUCCCUGUGUUUUCUUACAGUCGGCGCUUCCCACGGAGUCUAUGUUUCUCCUUAGCGUCACAAUUAAUGACAAAUACGCCAAUAAUGAUUAG